UAUCUAUGUUUUUGAUUCAUUUUUUGAUCUUGAUGGGAUGUUAAAAAUGAGGUUAUAAAUUUCAUGUUGGUUGUCACAAGGAAUAUUCGGUAUAUAUUGAAAAUUAAUAGCAAGAAACUGCCAAGAAGAAUCAUGAAUGAAGUGACACCACUAAAACAGAUACCAGAGAAAAUUUCUCCCAAAUUUUCUUUCCAAGUACUCCCAUGCCCUGUAAAAAGCUGCAGCGAUAAAAAAGAGUACAGGGUUAUUAAAUUGGAAAAUGGACUUGUCGCUUGUCUGAUAGCUGAUUCAGCUCCAUUAGAUAAUUCUGGAGAUAGUUCAAGCGAAGAGGAGAGUGAUAUUGAAGAAUCUUCUGAAGAAGAAUCAGGAAGCUCUGAUACAGAUAAUCAAAUAAGUGAAAGUGAAAAUGAUGAUGCCCCUAUGAAAAAAGUAUCCGAGAUUGAAAACAAAAUGGCAGCAGCAGCUCUGUGUAUUGGAGUUGGAAGUUUCAGCGAUCCUAAAGAUAUUCCAGGCUUAGCUCAUUUUCUCGAACAUAUGGUAUUCAUGGGAAGUUCUAAAUAUCCUGCUGAAAAUGAUUUCGAUUCCUUCAUCAAGAAACGAGGAGGAUCUGACAAUGCUUCAACAGACUGUGAAACAACUGUUUUUUAUUUUGAGUGUCUUGAAAAACAUCUUUAUAAAGCCUUGGAUAGAUUUGCCCAAUUUUUCAUUGAACCUUUAAUGAAUAAAUCCGCAAUGACUAGGGAAAGAGAAGCUAUAGAAUCAGAAUUCCAGAUGGCUAUGCCUAAAGACACUUUCAGGAAAGAGCAACUGCUAUGUAGCCUUGCAAAUCCGGAGUCUCCUGUCAAUUCUUUUGCGUGGGGUAACCUUAUAACAUUGAGAGACAAUGUUUCGGAUGAUAAAUUAUACCAUGAUGCCCAUGAGUUCAGACUGAGGCAUUAUUCAGCUCAUCGUAUGACUGUUGCCAUACAGGCCCGUUUACCUAUGGAGGAACUGCAGAAUGUCGUUCUGGAAUGCUUUUCUGGUGUUCCUUGCAACAAAUUACCAGCAGAUAAUUUUGAGUCCUAUAGAAGUAAUGUGUAUGAUACAGAACAGUUUUCCAGGAUAUAUUAUAUGAAACCCCAAAAGGAUGUUUGUCAGCUAGAUUUAACAUGGUGUCUGCCAUCCUUACUGGACAAAUAUAGAACAAAACCUCAUCAGUAUGUAUCAUGGCUGAUUGGGGAUGAGGGUAAGGGAAGUCUGCUGUCAUUCUUGAAGAAAAGGGUGUGGGCUCUCGCGAUUUACACAGGUAACGGUGAAACAGGCAUGGAACAUAACUCUAUGUACUCCUUAUUCUCCAUCAAUCUGGUCUUGACUGCUGAAGGACUUAAGCAUAUGGCAGAUGUUAUAUCUGCUGUAUUUUCUUACAUUAAUAUGUUGAGAGAAAUGGGUCCACAAGAACGGUUGUUCAAAGAGCUCCAAACAAUUGAGGAGAUCUCUUUCAAAUUCUCGGUAGAAGAAAGUCCGAUGGAUUAUGUGGAGGAAAUAUCUGAAGCGAUGCAUUUCUAUAAAUCUGAAGAUUAUAUCACCGGUUCAGAUUUAUAUUUCGAAUACGACCCAGAGGGAAUUCAAUCUGUUGUUGAACAUCUUGUACCUGAAAAAAUGAAUGUGAUCGUUAUGAGUAAAAACCAUGAUGAAGAUAUCGAUUACAAUAAGAAAGAGAAAUGGUUUGGCACAUUAUACACUGAUAAAGAAAUACCUCCUGAAUGGCUGAAAACGUGGAAAGAAGCAAAGCCUGAUCCCGAAAUGGACCUACCUCCACCCAAUCCGUUCCUAACUACGGAUUUCGAAAUAUUACCUGAAGAAGCAGAUAUCCCGGAGUACCCAGAAAAAAUCCUGGAAACAUCGUUAGUAGAAUUGUGGUACAGGAAGGAUCAGAAAUUCAAACUGCCAACGGCACAUUACCACUUUUAUCUCAUAAGUCCACUAGCCGUUGAAUCGGCCCUCAGUGUGUGCAAAAUGGAGAUGUUCAUGAACUUGUUCAUGAUUCAAAUCGCGGAGAAUAUUUAUCCGGCUCAGGUUGCUGAACUUCUCUAUUCGAUCAGUACCAAUGAUCGUGGAAUCGUUUUCAAGAUUUACGGGUUCAAUCAGAAGCUACCGAUAUUAAUCGAUGUUAUCAGCGAACAUUUGAAGUUGGUGGAAUCACAAUUGACAUCGGUUAUGUUUGAGGCGGUGAAAGAAAAAUUAGCUAACAGUUACUACAAUAAAAUUAUCAAGCCUUCAACUCUCACAAAAGAUUUACGACUCAGCCUUCUCAUGGAUAAAUAUUUCACACCCACUGAAAAGUUUUCUAUAAUUUCACAAAUAACCUACGAAGAAAUGAAAAAGUUCUGCAUUCAGUUUCUCGAUAAACUAUAUGUGAAAGCCUUAGUGCAAGGCAAUGUUGACAAAGAUACCGCUUUGAGGGUGACCGAGAAAUUUAUUGCAGAUCUGAAUUAUGCACCAUUGGACAAAAAAUUGUAUCCCCAGUUCAAAGUUUGGGAAUUACCUAAAGGAGAAAAAUGCUGCAGAGUGCAGUCUUUCAACCAGAACGACUCCAAUUCUAUUGUCACCAAUUAUUAUCAAUCUGGGCCGUUCAAUUUGAAAGAUAGCGUGAUUCUUGAAUUGAUAAUGAUGAUAAUUGAAGAACCCCUGUUCGAUAUUUUACGAACUAAAGAACAGUUAGGAUACCACGUGUUUUGCACUUUGCGCGAUACUUUCGGUAUUCUUGGUUACACGAUCACUGUCAAUGCUCAGGCUACUAAAAAUACCACGGGUUAUGUUGAUCAGCGUAUCGAAAACUUCAUCAGAACGAUGAACAAGACAUUGAAGAAAAUGAGCGAAAAGAAAUUCAAUCAAGUGAAGAGGGAUUUGAUCAAAAUGAAGCAAUGCACAGAUGUUGUGCUACAAGAAGAGGUGAACAGAAAUUGGGUGGAAAUUACAGGGGAUGACUAUAUGUUUGAUAGGCUGAAAAAAGAAAUAGCUAUAAUUGAAACUGUUAGAAUUACAGACCUUAGGAAGUUUUGGGAGAAUACCAAUAUUUUAGGCAACCAGCAGAAUUAUAAAAAGCUCACUGUUCAGGUUGUGGGUUUCAAUAUCAACAGUGAGGAAGGAAGUCCUCAAAAAACUAAUGAAGUCAUUAACGGAAAGGAAAAUGGUGGUUCUAUUUGCUCAGAGCAGGAGAAGCCUGUGAUAACUUUCUUAUCAUCUAUUGAUAAAAUAAGACACCCAGAGGAAUACUUCAUCUGUGAUAUGAAAGAAUUUAGGAAAAAAAUGGAAUAUUAUCCACCGUCUUCUAACCAACUGAACAAUUUGGUGAUGCAUUUGACUAUUCAGGCUUUAGGUAGAGAAUGGCUGUAUGUUGAGCUAAUUCAGUGGGAAAAUUGUGAAUGUGGAAAUGUUUUGGCAUACUUUCAAAUACCAUUGAAUGAAUUCCUCUACCCUAAUGUUUGUGGAGGAGUGCCCAGUGGUUCAGAAGUAGAUUUAUUGAUGGAAACUACACCAGCUUUUCCUGGUACACUAGCACCAAAGUUGGAAGUGUGCACCAAAACCACGAUCGAAGAAACAAUUUGUUCCUGCAUCCAACGAAAACCAAACAUCAACACCGUAUUGAACCCAAAAACCAUCUUGUCCUGUAGGGGACGUCCCAAAGGCCACAGGGCUGUGUGCCACUCAUACAGUAAACAACACAGGAAUAAAAAAUGUAGACCCACGUGUCUGAUGAGGUGUAGAGUCUACGAAAGACCCCCGUGGAGGUACAGAAAGGUGGAGGAUGGCUUUCUGCAGCGCCAGCGAGUAUUGGAUUUGCCACUUAAGCCCACUCCCCAGUUGGAGUUGGAUGGUGGGCAAGAUGGAGGCCCCUAUGGUGGACCUAGGAGAACACACCCAGACAGAGGCAUGGAAAUACGUAAAAUACUGAAGGAAAGCUUGAGGAAGGCUUUAGGACAGCCUGUUACAACAGGUCCUUGCCAACCAGGAGAUCGUAUAUGCGAAUGCGGACGUGGACAUGCUGAGGCUGCAUGUGCUGUUUGUCAGAAGUACAGUGGAAUUUUUAGCAGCAAAAUAACCGAGCAGAAUGACGAUAAACAGGUUUUCUAUUCAACGGCUAACCCAGACAAAACUUUCUAUAAUCAACUGAUGAAUCAGGCGCGUAGGAAUGAUGGAAAACUUGGGGAAUUACGUCCAGAGGUUCAUAAGGCCCAAAAAAACUGUUCUCAAUGCAAGGCCCAUAUAGGACAGUCAGUUUGUGCAACAGCUCAUGAAAUACCAGAGUCAAAGGGCAACCUUUCCAAGAAACUACAUCAGAGGAUAUCUAGAACAUUGCAGAGUAUACCUAGAUAUUUUGAUGAAAUGAAAGAAAUGUGUCAUGAGAUUGGGGACUGUGAACAAUACCACACCACACAAUGUACUUGUGAACAGAUGCCAGAUAUGGGAAAAUUCUAUAAGGAACUAUUCCAAGAGCAAUAUAACAAGUGCGAUUUAAAAUUCUGCUUUGAUUUAAAAUACCAUAGCGGCAAAAUGGUUGUGGGGGAGCCGAAUAUCAACAACAUCAUGAGCGGCCUGGAGAAUAACAGUGGCAUCAAACAGCACAAUCACAGAAAAAAGCUGAAACAAAGGUUUGAUCUUAUAAAGAAACUAGGACAAGGCACAUUCGGUAAAGUACAACUAGGUAUAAACAAAGAGACUGGACAAGAGGUGGCUAUAAAAACGAUAAAAAAGUCGAAAAUAGAAUCGGAAGCAGAUCUGGUAAGGAUAAGGAGAGAAAUUCAAAUUAUGUCGUCGGUUCAGCACCCCAACAUAAUCCACAUAUACGAAGUUUUCGAGAAUAGGGAAAAAAUGGUUCUGGUAAUGGAAUAUGCUGCUGGGGGAGAACUCUAUGAUUACCUUUCGGAAAGAAAGGUGCUUUCUGAGGAGGAAGCAAGGAGGAUAUUCAGACAGAUUGCCACCGCUUGUUACUAUUGCCAUAAGCAUAAAAUUUGUCACAGAGAUUUGAAACUCGAAAAUAUUCUUUUGGAUGAAAACAACAACGCAAAGAUUGCAGAUUUUGGUCUGUCCAAUGUAUUUGACGACCAAAGGCUUCUCAACACCUUUUGUGGUUCCCCCCUUUAUGCUUCUCCAGAAAUAGUCAAGGGAACACCUUACCACGGUCCAGAAGUAGACUGUUGGUCUUUGGGUGUAUUACUUUAUACCCUCGUUUAUGGAGCUAUGCCCUUUGAUGGCAGUAAUUUCAAGAGACUGGUAAAGCAGAUAUCUCAAGGGGAUUAUUUCGAACCUGCAAAGCCUAGUCCCGCGUCACCCUUAAUCAGAGAUAUGCUCACUGUGAAUCCAAAGCACAGAGCUGACAUCGAGAAAAUUUGUAGUCACUGGUGGGUUAACGAAAAUUACGAGGAGAAUUGCUUGGAAAUAUCGGAAGACUUGGCAAAUCAGACUCCGGUUAGGUUAGAUCUCCUGUUGUCUCUGGCACCGCCUCCUCCACAACUAGAGAGUGAUAAACUAGUGGUGACAGAAGAUGUUGCAGAAGAUUCAGCCAAGAACGAAGCCACGGUACCUACAAGAUCUCAGUCAGUUGGCAGCUUGAUGGAACUCUCACAUCCAGCUGAGCGAAGGAUCAAAGAAAUGUUACUGGAGGAGAAAUCUCCAAAAAGAAAGUUGGAAUCCACGGUUAGCACUGAUCGUGCCAAUAUCGACAGGGGACUGAAAAGAAAGGACAAAAUAAUAAAAGAGAAUACAAUAGCAGACAUAACGGUUCAUGGUGGAAUGCAUGAAGUAGGUGGAAUGGACGAUGAAGACAUGUCAGAAGCUAUUCCUUUGAACAAAUCCCUAACCCAGACUCUUUCUCGUGAUAUGGAAGUCGAUCAACUUGAGGAUCCAUCUUUGGAAGGCGCCGCAUGUUCGGAAAUUAUCGAAGAAGCGAAUAGGAAAGCGAUAAAAGAACCCACAAGGUUGAAGAGAAAUUUAACAACUACCCUAAGUACCAAAUUAGAAGAUAUUAACGAAACCCCUAGUCAAGAAAAUAUUGUAAAUAAUGUGAAUAAGGAAAAUGAAAAAUUAGAGGAAAAAGUGUCUGCCAAACCGUAUGAAGAGAAGGACGAAGAAAAAUCUGGUAACAAGACCACGAAGAAAAAAAUUGUGAAGAAGAAAGUGUUGGCGGAUAAAAACGAGAAUGCCAACGAUAAAGAAGAAACGAAAUCUUUUGCUCAACCUAAAGAAACUCCCGAAAAAGAAGAGAAAGUCGAAAUGCCUGUUAGUAAAGAGACUAACGAUGAACCGACAGAAACUCCUGCCAAACCAGUAGAAAGGCGACGAUCGAGAAUAUUCGAAGCCGCGGAAAAAUUCCAGAACAUGAUGAGCCCAACAGAAACCCCCAAGGCACCGAUUGAAAAACCAAAGAAAAUCAUAAUCCCCGGUGUGAGUGUGGAUGGUUUCAAGAAGGAAUUCGAAAGGAAAGCCAGUUUGACUUCGUCUUCUGUUCCGAAACUGAAGACUGAUCCAUCCAAAAAGUCCUUCGGUAUGGACAAACAGAAAUCGGUGGAAUCGCCUGUUCCAGCUGAAACUUUGCCCGAGAAGAAGGUUGAGGAUAAACGAGAAAAAAUCGAAACUGAAAUGAAAAACGAUGAUAAUACUGAAGCUGUGAUUGUAGAUGAUCGAAAGGAAAAAGUACGAAAUGCUGUGAGUAUAAUUUCAAGUGCCUUAGAUAAGGAGGGGGCGAGAAAAUCGAAAUCCAGGCCCUGUAUGGUGAGGAAACCCCCUGUGCCUUUCGGGGUCAGUGGAAGAUCGGCCUCGGGAAAUAUUGGGACGAUCUCGAGUAAUCUUAUGGCUCCUGUUGCCCCCAAGCCGUUUGUAAGACCGCAGUUUGAUAAGGUGGAACCUCACCAGGUGCAAGAGCCCCCGCGUGAAAUGCCGGACGAGAAGGUGUCUUCCGCUGAGAUCACCCUGAAGUCGGCCACGUUACCCCGUCGCAAGACAACGAAGGCCGAGAUCCAGUUGAACUACCCCUCUCCCAAGCCAGCCACGAUGGAAUUCAAGACUGAGAUGGCGCAUCCAGUGGAAGCUCCCCAUAAAUAUUCGACGCAACGAAGCGAAGUCAUUGUGCCAAUCACUGGACGCCCUACCGUCAAUUUUAGAGCUUCAUCGUUAGAACCGGAAAGCAUGUCGAAAGCGAGGGAGAGGAUAAUACCGAUCUCCUUCGAGAGAAUCGAUAACAAUAAGGAAUGUAAAAGCCCGCAGUCGCCUCCUGUUAAGCCUUCAGUCCCCAAACCUUUCCAGUCCCAGAGAUCGAACAUCUCUCAGAGGUCCAGUAGUCUUUCCCGACAGUCGACGCAAGAAUCGGACACCGAAACCAUCACAUCCGGGGAACCUAUCAAAAAGUCCCCCAGGGAAUAUAUUAUUCCGAUUGCCAUAGAGGGAGGUGGUUACGUUACCCCUAGAGCAGGCAGUUUGGAACCAAGCGAAUCGGCGAAUAGUUCAUCGACGAGGAUCAAGAGUAGCUUUGUGAAACCCAAGAGAUUCAACUCCAGGCUAAGUGAUAAGGACUCUGAAGACGAAUCGCCCUUUACGAACCUCCACAGACACAGUUCCUUCGGUAAGGACAGCGACACAGAGGACUCCAGGAGGGACGCAUUCCAUAUGCACAGGCUGAGGAGUACAAGACCGAAAAAGGCCAGCGUUGAACACGCCGAUUCUAUCAGCUCUGGAGAAGACGACGACGAUGACGGUUUCGAUAUUUUAACGGCGGAAAAUCUGUUCUCGACGUUGCUCUCGAGGGUGAGAGAUUUGACGCAAAGGCUGAAUGUAGAGGACGGAGGAAGGCCCGGUUUUCCGAGCGGCAGACUGUUGAGCCACUUCGAUCAUGGUACCAAUUUUUGGAACAUGCAUAACAGAAUCGAUCCCUUCUCGAGACAUACAACGCUAGGGAGAACCUUCAGCCGUGAAAGGUCAGCUGAUCGUACAUACAACACGCCCUGGCGUAGGAGUGCCAGCCGAGAUCUAGCAACCGACAUAGAUGCAGUCAUGACCGAUAGAGAGGUGCCACGCGGAGAUAAAAACACGAAGAAAGAAAAUCUCAAUUUAGCGGAUUUGGAUCUCAAAAAAUUGAACCUUUCCGAGGAAGAAUCCAUGGCUUUAUCUUAUCUAACCCCUGCACUAACCAGAAGAAUGCAGAAGCAAUUGCUAGCGCAGCUUGCUCCCUCGGAAGUUCGAAAGUUGCAUCGCACCCUAUCGUCUAGAAAUUCAUCCGAUAACAAUCCCUAUGAACCCCGUAGAAAUACAAGUAGCACGCUUAAUCGUAGAUCGGUGGACCGACUGUCGUCCACGUUGCCGAGGAAAUAUUCCAACGAUGGCACAACAAAAACGUCUAAUGUAGACGAGAAACACCCGAUGGAAGCGAACAACAAGGAAUCUGAUUUGGACAAAACGAAAUCUUUCUUACCAGUGAAGUCGUACGUCAGAAGCGAGAGGAAGUCUCCUUUCAGAGAUAACCAAAUGAACGACGAUGUCACAGUGCGAGGUUUGAAAACACCAAAUCGCGAGAUCCGACCUUAUUUCAGGACGAGAACAGACGCAAAUGUGAUAUAUAGUCCAGAUUCAAGCUUAUCGGAGAGUCUAUCCUCUUGCGCUAGAGAUCCCGAUAGCGAACUGAGCUCUAGAGGGUUCUCCACAGAUAGUUAUUCUUCCUUGUGCCGUCCUUCUUCUUCGUCGAAAACCGACGACGUCCCUCUUCGAUAUUCCAGACCUGUUAGAUCUUACGAAAGUUCCCAAUCCACGGUUACCAAUUCGAGCAAUUCCUCCAAGACUGAUAUUAAAAAACCGUCCUCUUCCACUAAACGCAUUUCUAGAUUUUUAAGACCGGACUUUUUCGAUCCUCCCAAACACGAAGACGUCGUUGUCAAGGAAAAGAAAGAAAGAGAGAUUGAAACGCAAAAGGUUCUGAAGGAAAUACGCGAUAAGAGAAAGGAAAGACUGGCGGUCAGGAAACGAUCGCCUGGUAUGGAGAAGAACUUGGAUUCGGAUUUUUCGAACUGUGAAAAUUCUAACAGUACUACCAGCAGCUUCAAGGAAACGGAAUCGAGUUCUGCGUUGGAUAAAACGAGAAACGAGGUUAAAUUUUUAGACAAUAAAGUUCUCGAAAAAACGACCAAUCUCCCAGAGUACGUAAAUGUUCCGGCCAAUACCGAUGCGAGUAAAAAAACGAGGAUAUCUAAAUUGGCACGUCCCAAGAGUUACCCGGCUGAGUCUUCAUCGGUUAAACCUGUAUCCAGGAUACCGGAAAAGGCUAAAAUAUCACCGGAGAAAGAGUCUAAAUUGAGUAAAUUCAGAAAGGGAUUCGUGAGAAAAGACUCGAAGGAAAAGACCAAAGAGAAUAAAAACGAAACGAAUAAAAAUAUAAACGAAGAAGAGAAAGCGCACAAGAAUAAACUACUACAAUCCAUCGAGAAGAAAUUAGAGAAAUUCCGUUCGUCUCCGGAUAAAAUAAAAGAAAAUUCGGCGGUUGAAAACACGAUCAGGAAAUUGAGGGAGCAAAGUCUGCCGAAAAACCUCGAACAUUGCACCGAAUCUGGACUGAUAAAAAGAGCUGUGUCGGUCGAAGAUCUAUCCAACGUACAACUUCGGGAUAAACCCCUACAGGCUUCGAGAAAGUCCGUAACGAAGAUCUUGGGCCUGUUUAAAAAAUACGAAGAAACGGAAAACAAAAAGAACGAGAAAUUGGUGAAGAAGAAAAAAAUUGAGACGAAAACUGAACUGAAAUCUAAGUCGUCCGAAAUCGAAGGAGAUAUAAAAGCUAAAGGUGUAAACGAAAAUGAAUCGGCGAGUGAAAUCGACAAGUCUAAUAUAUCUGAUAAUAUCGUCCAACCUGGAAAAAUUGAAACGAAGGUUACGAGUUCGAGUAAGGAUCUGAAAUCAAGACAAUCCAAACUACCGGUUACGUCUUUCAGAAGAAGUUUGAACCUGGAGAACGUGAUUCAAGAUCCGCCAAAGCUCGGUGCGGAAACUGAUAUUGAAAGAGAGAAAAAAGACAGUGAUAAACCGGAUAAGGAGAGUUUGAGAUUGGAUUUCUCGAAGAUACGUGGAAGUAAGACGGAGCCCGGAAUAUCAGAGCACAUGCCAUCAACUAGUUACGACUACGGUAGAGGUCUAGAACAUAAGAGAAAUUCAUUCGGCACUGGACAAAGUUCCCAAUACCUCUCACCUUCGGAUGACGUGAGCUGUGAUUCUUGGUCAAUUUGUUCGGAUGCGCACUCGCCAAUGUCGCCAAAUGGCCAAAUUUAUUCAGGAGACGAAAGUGAAUCUGUGAUCGACAGGAUAAGACGUAAGAGUUUCUAUACGAGAUUCAACGAGAAGAAAAAGCCGCAUACGAAGACCUACAUGAAAAGUUACAGGGAUUUGGACUUGUACAAAGAUUUAGGGCUGAGGGCGCCUAAUAGCUACGGAUCUUUAGAUCGUAAAUCUUACAACUACGAUAAGUUCGAUCGUAUGAAUAGUACCUCGUCUAACCCUCAGACAAGGAAGGAAUACAGACCUUACAACAGAAGUGCUUCCGUGUUGAAUGAUUAUGUCAAUCUUGUCGGUCAAUACCAACCGUAUAACACCAAAUCGAACUAUACAUCGAGUUUAUAUUCGGAUUCUGAAAGUACUUUGGAUGAGGACAAUUCAGCUGCAAAACUGAGGAACAGUUCUCUGUUGAAGCCUUCAUCAAUUCACAGAAUGACAUCCAAGUCCCCAAGCAGUGAGCGUGUACUCGUCGAGUCGCCCACAACUUCCGUAGUUCCUCCUACUAACUUCACUAGACUUCACUGAUUAUAAUCUCUUUACGACUAUGAGCAAUUAUCAAAAGUAUAUUUUUUCAUUUAACACUAUUUUUUCCUAUAUAAUUUUUUUCUACGUUCACUAUCCGAAUCAUUGAAUUAAAUUGGAUUCUUUGUAGUGCCAAAUGUAUUAUAUUCAAUGAACGAUAUAUGAUAUUAAAUUUAUUUUUAGGUAGUAUUUAUUAUCAGUUAUUAUCUUCAGUUACAAAGAGAAUUUGUAUCUUGAUAUUCUUGAUUGACUCCAAUUUCGUUCCUAUACUUUUCUUUUUUGAUGUGAUUAUCGAAAAAUUAUGUUGUAUAUUUAAUAAGUCGGGAUGUAUACUUCUGUUAUUGAAAAAUUAUAUUUCAUCACUGCCAUCUUUAGUAUUUGGUUGAUAACUAAUCAAGAGCUCAUUAAUUUUGUCAAGUUCUUUAUAUUUUAGAAGGGUUUCAUCGUUGUUUAUUUCAAACAGUAAGUAUCCAUUCUCGAAGGUGAAAUAAUUUUUUUUACAAAUAUUGUGGCUAUACUUCACCUCAAACUAUUAUUUGAUGAAAAAUUGUUUAUUAUAAAUAUUUUUCUUCAUUUGAGUGAACAAACCGUGCGAUGUUUCACAUUUCAAUUAAACUCUACUGAUACUCAUCUAAAUUGAGAUUUAUUUCAAGAAUAUAUAUAUAGUAUUUAUGCUUUAUCCUUACAGAGUGACCCUUUUCUGUUAGUAAAGUGUAUGUAAAUGUUGUUUGCUUUUUUUAACCUAAAGAAUUUUAUUUAUUAAGUUUUAUCUUGUUUGCGGUUUUAUUUAUUUAUUUCAAGUACUUAUUUAUGGAUAUUUUUUGGAUUGAAGUCGAAAUAUAAUACGAAAAUAAAUACCUUCAUAUUAAAAUACUGUUGAAUAUUUGAUAUUUUAAUAAUCAGUUGAACUCGAGGAUCUUCUCACAACGACACCUCCAUGUUUUAGAAAAUGUUUGAGUUGAGUUUGUGUGAAUUGUUAGAAUCCUGUAUGUUGAAUUUGAGAUUUUAUAGAAAAUAAAAUAUAUAUUUUAA